AUGGAUUAUAAUUUCUUUCGGAUCCAAUCGAGGAAGGUGGUGGAGUAUGUGACGCACGAUCAUAGUAGCCCGAUAUCUACUUUUCCUGAGCACGAUAAUAGCCUUCAUUUUCCUAUAGAGGAUUACGGAGAACACGGAGCUGCAUUUUUGAGUGGGAAUUUUUUGCCACUCCGAGAGGAGUACACAAGCUUUUCAAGCUUGGACAGGAAUUCUGAGUCAGAUAAUGACGGAUUGAGAAUAAUUGGAUCCGUACCUGAUGAUUUCCCGGAAGGACAAUUUGCAUAUGUUGGACCAAAUCCAAAACUAGAGGCACAAAAUUACAAGGUGUGGGGAAAAGGCCCAGAUCAAAAGGAUUUCAAUGUUUCAAAUGGCUGGCAUCAUUGGUUUGAAGGUGACGGGAUGAUCUAUGCGUUAGAUUUCGAUGUAAACUCAAGGUUGUGCUAUCGCAAUCGAUUUAUACGAACUAAAAGUUGGAAGGAUGAAUCGGAGGUUGGGGCACGGCUAUUUCGGCCACUGAUGAAUGCGGAAGGCAGCACUUUCUUACUCAAUGCAGUAGCAAAUUUGGUUUCUGGAGGAGCUUUCUUGAAAGAUUCAGCAAAUACUGCUCUUGUGCAUUUUGCUGGCCGUACUUUAGCCUUACAAGAUACAAUGCCACCGUGGGAACUAGAUCCUGAGAGGCUCACAACUCUGGGAGCUUGCAAUUUUGAAAACCAACUUCCUCCAUACAUACCAUUUACGGCGCACCCAAAAGUUGCACCUUUGACGGGAGACCUAGUCUUUUUUGGAUUCAAUCCUGUCUAUCCUCCACACUGUUCUAUUGGAUCCUUGGAUCAAAAUGGAAAAAUUAAGGACCUAACUCCGAUGUGGAGCUUCCCAUUUGCAGGAUGUGUUUUCAUGCAUGAUUUUUGCGUUACUGAGAAGUAUACUAUUUUGUUUGAAGGUAGCUUGGAUAUAAAGCCUAUACGCCAAUUUUUCGGUCGCCAUCCCCUUCAAUACAAUAAUGAUAAAAAUGCAAGAUUUGGUGUAUUUUCGCGCGAUUCGAAUGUUCCUCUUGCGAAGUGGUUUGAUUGUAGUUGUGCGCAGAUGGUUUAUCACUUUAUCAACUCCUGGGAAGAAACAAAUGCUAACGGUCAGGAAGAAAUAGUUAUAACUGGUGUACGAGAAGAUGGCUUCUUCCACAAUGCACUAAAAGCUAGAGAUACUCGGGAUUGGAUCACGCGCACCCUAGAAGAAGAUUUGAACUUACCAAGAGUCCAUGAAUGGCGAAUCAAUCUCGUUGAUGGCUCAGUAAAGGAAAGAUACCUCUAUAAAGAUAUAGUGGAAGUUCCCCGUAUUAAUGAUGAAUUUACAGGUGUAAAGAAUCGGUACGCUUACGCUGGACGAAUUAAAACGGAAAUCCUGAGGGAUGAUGCACAGCUCAAAUUCGACGCUGUGGUAAAAUUUGACUUUGAAACAGGUGAUAAACAAGUGUAUGAGCACGGUCCUGGAAGGUUUGGUAUGGAGUCACAGUUUGUGCCACGAGCAACUAAGUUAAAGGGAUCUGAAGAUGAUGGUUGGCUUGUACUUUAUGUUCACGAUGAGAAUACAGAAACUUUGGGUCGUUCUCGUAGCGAAUGCAUAAUACUAAAUGCUCAAGAUAUUUCCUCUGGGCCAGUUUCUAGGAUUAUCCUCCCAGACCGAGUUCCUUAUGGCGCUCACGCCAUGUGGCGCCCAAAAUUAUCAGAUUUUGGUGUAAGAAAGUUCAAAGUAAAAGGAUGGAACUACUACAAUGACGUACAACCCAAAAAAUAUUCUUUUCUUCCAGAACAGAUAGAUGAUUUAUUAGGAACAGUACGCUGCGGUAUACUACGAUUAGCAUCAAGCUUGUUUGUGAAUGGUUGGAGGCCUUGGGUUCGAAAGAAAAAGUCUGAAAUCUACUCUUUUGUUCGCGCAGGUGAAUAUGAAUUAGACGAAGCUUACCGUUUAGGGUCAAUGAGAAUGACUCAAUCUCAAGUUGAAUCUGAACGAGGUUUCCAAGAUUCACCCAAUUUAGUCUUGUAUGAUGUUGAAACGGACGGAGAAUGCCGAAGAGUUCGUGAAGCGCUGUGUAUGCUUGAUUUAGCAUUUGAAUGUAGACCAUGCCCAUACGGAGCUUAUCGUCACAGAACGUUGGCAGCAAAGCUUCAAAAUGUUCCACUCGGGGAAGAGAUACUACCUUUCUUGCAUGACUCUCGCUCUAGGGUUUCUAUUAUUGGCGCUGAAGAUAUUUUAGAUUAUUUAUAUGAUGUUUAUCUAGACGGCUCUGCUCCCUCUCCUUUAGUAGCAAAUCGGGGAACUGCUGAUAUCGCCAUGCGAUCCAGAAAUACUGAAUCCUCCUCGAGUAUAUCUCAUUCUAAGAUGCCAUGCAGAUAUCCCGUGAAGCCGUUAGAGUUGUGGGCAUACGAAGCUUCGCCUUUUUGCUCACUUGUCAGAGAAAAACUGUGUGAAAUGGAGCUGCCUUAUGUUUUGCGCCCAUGCUCUAGAGGAAGUCCUCGUAGGACUGAACUGCUGAGGAAAGCAAAAACUUUUCAAGUUCCAUUCAUAGAAGAUGAAAAUACGGGUAUCCAAUUAUUCGAAAGUGCGAAAAUCAUAGAAUACUUGAAUCAAACAUAUUGCUAUUGA